CCCAGAUAUAUGUAGAGCCAAACAAAUGUGUGAGAAGAAGGAAAAACACAGAAGAGAAUCAGUUUCCUGGAGCUAAGUGUACCUCCAUCUUUAUAGAAAGUCCAGUAGAAAUCGUCAGACAUCCGUUUUGGACUUUUUCUUUGUGACACCUAGAAGUUAUUUUGCGUGGUUGUCAUACAGUACAGUCAUGGUGUCCUGUGCUCUCUUCAUCCUGGGCCCACUGUGGAUGCACAUUCUGGCACAAGCCUGCAGGGGAGAGGAGUUUCCCCGGGAAGCAGUGUUGUCCUGGUUCAGAGAGCGGAUCCUGGAGGGCCUCGGGCUGGAGGAGCCUCCUUUAACCACAGUGCAGGGUCCUGAGAGGGAUAUGGCACAGCCAGAAGCACGGCCCGCACCCCGAAGGGUCCCCAGGUCAAGCAGGACAACGUGGGUCAAUCAUCCAACCAGUCCGACACAGGAAACAUCUGAAAUUAUCCUCUUCCCCAGUUCUGCAGACUCGUCCUGUGGCAGAUCUGACUUAGCUCCUGGAGAAACCUCCAACAUCCACUUCACAUAUUACUUACAGCCCUCCAUCAACAACAAGGAGACUUUGGUCACAUCUGCCCACUUCUGGUUCUAUGCAGGCGAAGGAGCCGCCAACUCCUCCGCCCAGCUGUUCAUUCUAAUGUCAGCUCAGCAGCUUCUUCAGGCGGCAGAGGCUCCGUCGGAUACGAGCUCAGACGGAUGGAGUACCUUCCACCUGGAUCAAAACAUGCUGGCCUCUGUGGCUGAGGGCCCUUUUCUGCUCCAGGUCCGCUGUCCAGCCUGUCAGUGCCACACCCAUAAACCAGACAAGACACCCUUUCUUCACCUGCACGCUCAGCCUCGUGGUCCCGUCCGCUCAUCCCGCAGUGCACCAGUAACCAUCCCCUGGGCUCCUUCUGCUCUUGACCUGCUGCAGCGGCCUUCUGUGGAGAAACCUCAACACAGCGACUGCAACAGAGCAGUGAUCGAAAUCAGCUUCAAGGAGCUGGGCUGGGACAACUGGAUCGUCCAUCCAAAGUUGUUGACUUUCUACUACUGUCAUGGGAACUGCUCAGCCUGGGAUCGAUCCACCACCAUGCUGGGGAUCAAACAGUGCUGUGCUCCGGUCCCAGGGACCAUGAAGUCCCUCAGGAUCACCACAACAUCCGACAGCGGGGACUCGCUCAAUUAUGAGACCUUGCCCAACAUUAUACCUGAAGAGUGUACUUGUAUCUAAACAUUACAUGACAUUUCUGGUUUUAUGUGCUGAGGUAUUAAUAUUUCUGCCUCUGACUGGAACUACUUGCUACCAAAGAAAUAGUCCCUAUAAAAACUGCCCACAGCAAGUUCUGGAAAAUCAUGAGUAAUAUAAUAUUGUUUCUGGAAAAGCAUGUUACUAUUAUGUUUUCCAAACUGACUUGAAAUUGAAUGAUUUAAAUGCAUAAAUGAGCAUUUAAUUCACUUCAAUUGUUUAAAAUUGAGUGUUUCAAAAUCUGAGCACAUAACAC